GGCGGGGCGGGCCGGGGGCGGGCCGGGGGCGGGCUCGGCGGGCAGGCGGCGGCUGCAGGGGCUCGGCUCGGGGCCUGCACCUGGACACCGGCGCGCGGCCCCAUGGCCCCGUCGCGCCGGCAGCUCGGCGUCCGCGCCGCCUACGCGGGCUUCGGUGCCCUGGCCGGCCUGUCCAUCUUCCUCGUCUGGACCGUGGUCUACGGGCAGCCGGGCACGGCGGCCAUGGGGGGCCUCGCAGGUGUGCUGGCGCUCUGGGUGCUGGUGACGCACGUGAUGUACCUGCAGGACUACUGGAGGACCUGGCUCAAGGGCCUGCGCGGCUUCUUCUUCGUGGGCGUGCUCUUCUCCGUGCUCUCCGCCGCCGCCCUCUGCGCCUUCCUCGCACUGGCCAUCAUCCAGCACCAGCGCCUCACGGACCCCAACAGCUACUACCUCUCCUGCGUCUGGAGCUUCAUUGCCUUCAAGUGGGCCUUUCUGCUCAGCCUGUACGCCCACCGCUACCGGGCCGACUUCGCCGACAUCAGCAUCCUCAGUGACUUCUGACCCGGGGGUGAGGCCUCUGCAGCCUGGGGGUCCUGCGCACCUGGACGUGGCUUCUGAAACAGCAGCUGGGGACCCCGGGAGCCACAGCGGAAGGGCUGCAGCCCGUCCUCAGGGGGAGACCGGGGUGCGCUGGGAAGGGGGGCUUCUCCCAGGCGGGAGGGUGGCCCAGAGCCCCGUGUUCAGGAGGGCGGAGGGCAGUGAGGCCGGAGGUACGCCUGGGUCGGGCUCCCUGGGGCUCUGGACCUGCUAGCCCAGUUGUGCUCCCUGGGGUGGGCCAGAAGCCGGGGUGGACAGGUCAAGGAAGGCAUUUGUCCUUCAGGUCCCGACCCCAGGACCCAUCCUCUAAGGCCCCGGGGGAGCACUGAGCUCCUAGGCCCAGGCCUGGGGCAUGCACUGGACCACAGUGGUCCAGAUCUCUGCCCUGUCCACUGGCCCUGUCCCCUGCCCCGCUCAAGCCUCCUCACCACACUUCCCACCCCUUCCACCUCGCAGGGGUGCCCCCAUGAGGGCAGACUAGGAAAGGCUCUUGGACAGAGUGCUCCUGCCCGCCCCCCUCCAAGGGCUCUGGGGAGACAGGCAGUCCACUGCAGACCAGCAGGCCCUCCCCGCCCCCCCAUGGCCCCAGACCUCCAUUUCCAUCCCCCGGUCUCGCCCCGCCCAGCCCCCACCCAGCCUCGCAUCACCGGGCGCUGUUCCCUUAGAAACCCGUUCCUUCUAGAUGGGACCUGCCCCUGCCCCCAGCACUGGCGCGGCAGCAGCGGGGACGCUUCUGUUAGGCCACCUUUGUGCAUUCGACCCUGUCCCCCCACCCCCCAGACGAGUCCAGCCUCUCGGCUCUGCCUUAUUGGUGUCACUGUCACUUCUGCAGAAAUACAGCAGUCAUCUCUCUCGGA